AAUUCAUCGCUUAAUUUAAUAAUUGUGUCUAUGUUUACAGAAAUAAAUUAACAUGAAAAACACAAAGGAAUUAAGUUCGGACUCGGACACAGACAUUGAGAAACGGCAAAGAAAAUGGCAACAUCAACGCCAGCAAAAAGGCAAUAAAAAACCGAAGAAACGAGGUCAAAGCAACGGUAACGGUAACGGCAAAGAUUCAGACGAUGAUUUCGUGUCAACGAAAAAAGUUUACAAUUCGCCGCCAAAGCUUCCGAAUGUGGCUGCAGUAGGCCGACGAAAGAACGUCAUUCCGAAGAAACCACCCGUCAGUAGCAACGUUAACGUUAACGUUCUAGAUUCGCCGCCGAAGCUUCCGAAUGUGGCUGCAGCUCCGAAGAAACCACCCGUCAGUAGUGCUGCCAUAAAUGCCGAUCUCCUAAAUGCAACGACAAAAGAUCGCUCCUCAUCGCCAAGUAAUGCUACAGCUGCAUCUAAUCCAGCCAUCAAUAUUACCUCUCACCGAAAUACCACGUCCAGCAUCAUUGGUAGCGGUCGAACAGGUAGUACGCAAGAAGUGGCACAUCCAUUACCCAUUCGACAGUCGCCUCCCCCUAUGGAAUACGGAUCCGAAUGGGACACGGAUGGAGAAGCAACUAUUGCGCAACUAAAACAGAUGCAACGGAAACGACCGAGCAAAAAGGCUCACUCCACUUCAACGAAACCUGAAGUGAAGCAGACGCCAGUUCAGUCCAACCGUAAACGUGCUGCAUCCACUGAUGAGGCUAGUGAUGCUGUUGAAGCAACUACGAAACGGUCAACGUCAACGAAACGGUCAAAGGCAUCGAAACGGUCAAAGGCAACGAAAACGCAGCAAGACAGUGCAGAUGAGGCUGGUGAUGCUGAUGAAGAAACUACGAAACGGUCAACGUCAACAAAACGGUCAAAGGCAUCGAAGCGGUCAAAGGUAACGAAAACGCAGCAAGACAGUGCUGAUGAGGCUGGUGAUGCUGAUGAAGCAACUACGAAACGGUCAACGUCAACGAAACGGUCAAAGGCAUCGAAAGCUCAGCAAAGAAAAGACGACGAUGAAAAUGGCAACCGGGCCCGUUCCUCAAUCUAA